CUUUUGUUGCCAAAAUAAAAAUAAAUUCAAUCCCAUUUUUCCCACUCCUCAAAAUUCAAAACCCUAGCCCCCAAUCCGCCACGCACAGAACACGCACACUCACUCCCUCACUCCGUCACCCACUAGCUCAUCAAAGCCGCACAGCGAUAUGUCACAUUUCGGCCGAUCUGGUCCUCCAGAUAUCAGAGACACCUUUUCUCUCCUUGUUCUCAACAUCACUUUCCGAACCACUGCCGACGAUCUUUUCCCUCUCUUUGACAAGUACGGCAAGGUAGUCGAUGUAUUCAUACCCCGCGAUCGGAGGACUGGAGAAUCGAGAGGCUUUGCGUUUGUGAGGUAUAAAUACGCUGAAGAGGCGCAGAAGGCAGUUGAUAAGCUUGAUGGCAGAGUUGUGGAUGGGAGAGAGAUUAUGGUGCAAUUCGCUAAGUAUGGGCCCAACGCUGAGCGAAUUCAGAGUGGGAGGAUAGUGGAAUCAUCUUCAAAGAUUAAAGGUAGGUCUAGAAGCCGCAGCCCUCGUCCAAGGUAUCGAGAUGGCUACAGGGACAAGGACAGGGACAGGGAUUACAGAAGGAGAAGUCGCAGUAGAAGCAGAGAUCGUUAUGACCGUGAUGGGUAUCGAGGUAGGGAUAGAGAUUAUCAUCCCCGAAGCGUGAGCCACAGCCCAGAUCAUCGCAAAGAAUGUGGUAGAGGACAUGAUGAGAAACGACGCCGUCGGAGCCAGUCUUAUGGAAGCCCUAAUUCUCCGAGGAGCCCUUCUCCACACCGGGCACAUCCUAGGGAUAGAAGCCCUAAUGGACGCAAUGAUAACAAAUGCUCACCUAAUGGAAGCCCUAAUUCUCCAAGGAGCCCUUCUCCACACAGGGCACAUCCUAGGGAUGGAAGUCCUAAUGGACGCAAUGAUAACAAACGCUCACCUACUUCAAAGGGUGUCUCACCUUGCAAUGAACCAGUUGAGUCUUGAGCCCAUUCACAUGAAGGUUUGAUACCGAUGUGAGAAUGUUGGGAAUUUCGUUCGUGGAGUAGUGUGUUCCUACUUUUGUAAGACUAAUGACAUGCUAGAAUUAUCUUUUUGAUGGAUGAAACAUUGUAUGGUGGAUUUAAUCAACUUAUGCUUUUGAAGGUUACAUAUGUCUACGUUCUUGGUGCAUUGCUCUACAAAUUUAGGCUUGAUUGAAGUUUUGUACCUGCUCUCAUUGCCUGAUGCUGUAUGAGUCUCUCAGGUGUUUCUUGGUCAUUCACAUGCUAUUGCUUUCACAUUCCAGCCUUUUUUGCUUGCCAUUGUCGAGACUUUACUACCUCUGGGUGGAUUCCUUUUCCUUUCUUCUUUUGUUCCUUCCCACUGUGAUUCCUUGUGUUUUUUAGGAAGUGUGAAUGAUGCUGACUGGAAGAGGAUGCACCAGCUAUCGUUGCUACUCUGCCAUCAACGAUUUCAUAUUAAUGCUGGCCAGUCUGGUGUUUUAACAACUCUACUGUGACAUUGUCUUGAUUUGGCCCGGUGAUGCUGUGCCUUUUACCAACUACUUCUAGCACUCCACCAACCAAUAGUAAUGCAUGAGCAAGCUGAUAAAGAGCUGUCUUUAAGUUCUAGAUUCCCUCUUUUCUGCCGAAGCAGCAGAAAGAUUGUCAAUUCUGUGCAAAUUAUUGAACUCUACGUAUUUGAAUAUUUUGAUUCUCAAAGUUAUUCUGGAUGAGGCUUUGGUCCU